CCGAUGUAUCUUGGAGAGAAUUUUCAGGCAGCGAUGUCAUUACGUCACUACUGGAACGGAAGAGCCGGUGCGCUGCACCGAUCAUCAUCAUCAGCUACAGCGCAGCGGCAGAGCGGUAGUGGAGGGAGCCCAGACUCUCUCAUCUCCACUGACUCCUUUAGAUUCUACAUGUAAACACAGAUCACUGGGGGAAUUCUAGAAGCCACAACGCGACAUCAGACAGCAGCAUAACGCCCUGGCGAGUCUCCCAGUCAGCGGAAACCUGCAACAAUGUCUUCGUCUGUUAGCGAGACAGAGGAGGUGCGCGUCUCGGCGCUGACGCCUUUGAAGUUGGUGGGACUGGUGUGCGUGUUCCUGGCGCUGUGCUUAGACGUUGGAGCCGUGAUGAGCCCGGCAUGGGUGACCGCCGACGACCAGUACUGCUUCUCACUGUGGGAGGCGUGCUGGAAAGCAGCGUCGUCUGAGAUCUGGCAGUGCAACAGCACGCUGGAGGCAGACUGGCAGAUCGCCACCCUGUCCUUGUUGCUAGGCGGAGCUGCUCUGGUCCUGCUCUCCUUCCUGGUGGUCCUGGUGUCAGUGUGUAUCGGCUCUCGGAGACGCUUCAACAGACCUGUCGCUGUCAUGCUGUUCGCUGCAGUGGUGUUGCAGGGCUGCAGUCUGGUCCUCUACCCCAUCAAGUUCACUGAGACCAUCAGCAUGAGCAUAUACCACGAGUUCAACUGGGGUUACGGCCUGGCCUGGGCGCUACCAUUUUCUCCUUCGGCGGGGAUCUCUACUGCCUCAACCUAA